UUAAGCUUAGCGACCUUUGUCCAUCGGUCAGGAACAACAGUGUUGGAAAUCUUCUUUUCAGUCCCAGCUUAAUUGGUUACCAGUCAUUAAAAGGAGAACACAACAUUGAAGUUAACGCGUCCCGGAAACGUAAUCAGCCCAGUCCGUUGAUACAACCUCGCAAUGGUUCACCCGUAUCAUUUCCAGUAUCAAAGACCAAGAUCUUCCAAUGGUAAUGCGCCGACCGUGUUCAGCCCCUUGAUGCCUUGUGCAUCAUCCAAUUACAUUGUUUACUCACGCUCUCGCCUAUCGUACACUAGAGGUAUACGAUAGGCGAGAGCGAGACCGCAUCGGUGACUGCAGCAACUGGCCGAUCUUGGCAAGGCUGCCAAGCUUUGAGAGUACGUAUGUUCAGCUACGACAUCUCAAAGAAAUGUACCUCAAAACCAACAGGAGGCUGAGUAGCUCCUUCUAAACUGUCUGCCAAGACCGAUAAUUCUUUAUAUCUUUGUGCGUUGGGCGGAGGUCCUCUUAAUACAUCGACUUCGGUGAUUAGCACGUGACUUAACCGGUCAUGUUAUUCCCGACACCGAUAUCACGGGCCAAGCCCUGCGCCCUCUCCGACACGACAACCACUCUCCAAGCUGGAUUAUAUGUCAUCCCAGGCACUCAAGUCUCGGAAAGUAAUUCGAGCUUCAUGAAGAUCUUCUAACCGACCGUUGUACGCAAACCUCGUCCGACUCUCCACCAGCUGCUCUGCAGCUCCAACUUCACAAUGCCAACUCGUCGUACUCACAAGAAAUCACGACUCGGAUGCCAGGAGUGCAAGAAACGGAAAGUCAAGUGUAGCGAAGCCCGGCCUUCCUGCUCGUAUUGUAUACGCGCCAGCUGUCCCUGCGUCUACCCCCUCUCAACAAGCACCCGCGUCUCGGCACUCAAAACGCCACCAGACUCAACCGGCAGCCCGAUCGCAUCUCCAGAGACAUCAACACCAACAGAGGCUGGGGCAGCCUCAGGCCCCACAUUCGAUAUGCUCGACUUGACGCUCAUGAACCACUUCACGGCCGUCACGGCACUCACCUUGUUCUCGGGCGAGCAGCAGCGGCUGGUCUGGCAGAGAGAUAUUCACUACCAGGCACGCUCGCAUCCGGUCCUGAUUCAUGGGAUCCUCUCCGUAGCAGCUAUACACCUUGCGCUUCUUGAGCCAGAUAACUCAGCUCAGUACCGACUCCGUGCUCUCCAUCAUCACGAUCUGGGAGUCCAGCUCUUCAAUCAACAACUAAGCAACAUCACCUCCGAAACAUCUCAGACUCUCUUCCCCUUCGCCGUCAUGCUUGUCGUAUGGGCUCACUCCUCUCCUAUCAUCGUCAAAGAGGAUUUACAGCUAGAUCAUAUCUUCCAUCUACUGGAGCUAGUAAGAGGAUGCAAGACCAUCUUCAUGAUGCACUGGGACUCAAUAAGUGGGACACCUAUCGCCUCACUCAGGGAAUUCGUCCCACGGCUGAAAUCCCACCAGCUAAUCCUUUCCUACGUCGCAUUACGCGCCUUUGAGAAUCUAAGACUGCAAUGCUCAGAUCCCAUAUACGACCACGCUAUCGGACGGCUAGAAAACGUAUUCAUGAAAUCAGCCGGCGAAGCAGACGAUGUGCGGACAGUCGUUGCCUGGCCAUGUAUGAUCAAUGAAGAGGUGUGGGAUCGCCUGAGGAACAAGGAUGCAAUGUCGUUGUUUAUUCUUGCGCAUUAUGCGAUGCUGUUGGAGAAGUAUGAGGCGCAGUGGUGGUGGAUUAAUGGGUGGUCGAGGAGGAUUUUGGUUGUUGUCGGGGAGGUGUUGAGUGAUGCUGAUAAGGCGGCGUUGGGUUGGCAUACUUUUCUUGCGCAUGUUGAGGAGCAUCGGCAGGAAUUAGUUGAUAGAGCUGUGGAUGUGGAAUGAACUUGCGUUUGUAACUCAUGCUAUUCUCUGCUCGUUUGGUGGUGACUGUCCAACUCUUGACUGAUUCUGUUCCUGCCCGGCCAGCAACUGAGAGAUACUUCCGCUACCUUUCCAUUCUUGUAGGACAUGCCCAGCAAGGGUUCGGGUCUUUUCCAAAUCCAACACUCCUCCGAACAACUAACUCUAUAGCUUUUUCUACCUCGACUCUCUAGCCACCACCAACCGCCAUCAAACUUCUCACCACCCAACCCCUUGCACAGCCCAAAUCUCUCUUGCAAAUGGAUUUUUUUCAACAGUACUGAUCAACCGACCCUCUUCCCAAUAUAAAAAGCUCAACCCAAGCCUCCAAGAAAGUCUUACGCAACAUCUUUAUCACCCAGCAUCCAAUCGACGCAUUCGUAUACGUUGAGGAAGUGGGGAAGAUGAGGGGAAGAGGUACGUAAAUCAAAAGGGAGGUGGUAGGGAAAGAAGAUAGAGGGGGCAGCGAGGGUGAGGAGAGAAGUGGAGCCUAUGAAUAAGCGAAACAAGUCUAAAAGUAAACAACAUCCACUCCACCCAGUGUCCAAAUCCUGGAUCGAGAUUCCAUUUAGUUGAUUUCAAUUCCAUUCAUUUCAAUUCCAUUUCCAAACGCCACUCCCCAAGCCAAUCCAGUCCAGCC